AACGUAAAAAAGUUUCGAUUGACCCGCAGCUUCAUUUCAUUCAAUUUUCUAUCGAUUAUUCGCAAUUUUCUCCCCAAUAACUCUCAUAUCCAUCAUGUCCCUGUUCAGAAUACCUAAAGCAACCUUCAGGUACGUUGUCGCCAUAACGCUACUUCUGCUGAUUCUGAUCCCGGAAACGUUACCCAUCGAGAUGGAUUGCUCGGAUCUACGAAUGGGACAGUAUCUAUGCCCAGAUCCAUCGGUGCGGCAUAUAGAUCCCAAAACGCAACAGCUAAAGGGAUGCAACAAAGACGGAAAAGCACGGGUCUGGUGCUUAGCCACCGAAGGAAUCGUUUGCAGUGAAACCAAAAACGGAACCUUCACCCGAGAGAUGCCCUGCAAGUGGACAAACGGUUAUCACUUCGACACGGCCAUGCUCCUAUCAGUGUUCCUCGGGAUGUUUGGAGCGGAUCGAUUCUAUCUCGGUUAUCCGGCCAUUGGAUUGCUCAAAUUUUGCACCCUGGGGUUCAUGUUUCUCGGGCAGCUGGUGGAUGUGAUACUGAUUGCCACCCAAGUGGUGGGUCCAGCCGAUGGUUCGGCGUACGUGAUUCCUUUCUAUGGUCCCGGUAUUUCCGUUGUCCGGAGUGACAACUGGACGUACCGGUUGCCCCAGGACAAUUGGUGAUUGUUGGCGAACAUUUUCAAAACGCAUAGAAUAAAAUAAAAAUUAUUAGAA